GAAUCAUGGACUACGAGUGGAUCUAGAAUCAAAUCUAAUCAAAUCGUUCAACCAGGUAUGCUCUUAUAAUAUUAUGAAACUAAUAAGUGAAUGAUUGAAAGAUUUAAUCCUUUAGAUUCCAGUUAUUCUGUGACUUCCCUUCAAAGAUACGUUCGCAAUGCUAUAGCAUCCAAAUUGAGUUGCGUAGCGAUUCUCGGUGAUUAUGUUAACGUGACUUGUCCUGGAAAACUAUUGAAUGAGACAAAAAUUGUUCCUUUUGAUGAAAAUGAAGGUAUAUUCAGCGAUAAUCGUAUUUUUGACCAAGAAUCCAGAAUAUUAAUCACGAUGGAAUGGAGUUAUUUCUCAGUAGAAUUUGAAAUUGAAAAAUAUCGAUUUGUAAGUAAAAUUGGUGAAAACUUUGAAACAGAAGUCAAAAUAAUAGUAAAACCAAAGGGAUUUCCCACUCAAUAUAUUCAUUUCAAUUGGUACAAGGAUGGACUAGAUAAAACUCUGGUUGAAUCUAAAGAUGUUACAUCAAUGGCUAAACCUGAUAACGUAAGAAUAUUUACAAGAAUAGAAAACAAUCGAACAAAACUAAUGAUAAAUAAUUUGACAUCAAUUGAUUCUGGGAUUUAUACUCUUGUUGGCGAAACUCCCGGUAAAUCCAGUAAAAUAUCAUUUACAUUACAAGUUGAUGGAAAACCUCAUGUCGAAAUUGAAAGUACAAACAUAUAUUUUCAUCCCAAUUCUUCAUAUAACAUCACUUGUUUUUCAGUAUCAAGUCCACUUGCGAAUUUAUAUUGGACUUUUUAUCGUUGUAAAUCAUUUCAAUGUUACAAUUUCCUUCGAAAUAAAUCAACAGAUUCUUUGGUUGAUCAUUAUGAUGAAGGAUUAAAUGGCGAGUCAAGUGAAAUUGCGAAAAGGCAGACAUUGGAUAAAUUCGAAAAUCCAUUUAAAAUUAAAUCGACAUUGAGGAUUGACAAAGCAACGACAAGUGGAGUUUAUCGUUGUAACUCCAAGAAUAGAUUCGGUUCCAAGCAUGUCGAUACUUAUUUCAUUGUAACAUCAGCAUUCAAUGGGUUUAACCUCAAAGUUUCACCUCAAAGUGAAUUCAUUGUCCAUGAUAACAUUGAAUUGACUUGUGAAGCCUCGAAAUUCAAAUACAACAAACUGGAUUGGUACUUUAAAACGCGAGAAGAACUUUUGAAUGUCAAACGACUUGAAAACUCAACUAAAAUGACCAUCAUUGACUCUACCGAUGAACUAGAGUCAACAUUAAAAAGCACUCUUCUUAUAACAGACAUUGUUUAUAAACUAUCUGGCAUUUAUUACUGUAAUGCAACAAUAAAUCAUUUAAAAGAAGUCGAUAAUUGCAGUGAAUCGUCAAUCAGCACCAGAUACUUGACAAAACAAAUCAAAAUAACUGCUCAGUCUAGUGUCAAGCCUAGUAUAAUAGAUACCAAUAUGAAAGGUCAAGUGAUAAAUGUUUUACCAAACGCUAUUCACGAGUUUUAUUGUGCAGCUCAAGGUAAACCGAAACCUAAAGUUGAAUGGUUCAAGAAUGGGACGCUUUUAAGGCCAACAAGAAGAUUUGUUUUUCAUUCGACUAACAAUAAGCAACGAUUGAUCAUCAAUGGACUGAUAGAGAAUGAUUUGGGUGAAUACAAAUGUACUGCGUCUGUUCGUGGUGAUAAUGUGUCUGCCGUUGCCUACUUAUCGUUUUCAAAAGAAUCCAAUAAAAGCUUGAUUAGUUUACUAAUUAUAACUUCACUCAUUUUCGCCUUAGCAUUGUGUGUCACUGCUUGCAUCGUCGUCAAGUAUUGCAAGGCGAAGCAUCUUCAGUAUUUAACUUCUAACCUUUUGAGUCCAAUAACUUCCAUGAAUUCGUUCAAUCCUGAUCUUCCUUUAGAUGAACAAGUUGACUUGUUAUCUUAUGAUUCUGCUUGGGAGUUUCCACCUGAUCGACUGAAAAUAAUCCAAACUCUUGGUGAAGGUGCUUUUGGUCGAGUUGUUCUGGCUCAAGCAAUUGGCCUUGGCCAAACUGAUUCAACACAACUCGUUGCAGUUAAAAUGCUGAAACCAAAUGCUGACUUUUUACAAAUCAAAGCAUUAAUUUCUGAACUCAAAAUACUCAUUCACAUGGGUCAUCAUCUGAAUAUUGUCAAUUGCCUUGGUGCAGUAACUAAAAACAGGACUCAUGAUCAGUUAAUGGUUAUUGUUGAAUACUGUAAAUUUGGCAACUUAAGAAACUUUCUAAGAGAACGAAGAAAAAUUUUCAUCGACCAAAUCGAUCUUUAUGACCAAAAUGAUGAAUCCUCAAAUGAUGACAACUUUUCAAAGCCAAAUAAGCACGAUGGGAAUGGGAAUAGUUGCUCUUCCAUCAAUAACGAUUCUGGUAAUUGUAGUAACUCUAAUGACGAACGUCGAGCUUUCAUUACAGAAAGCAAACUCGAGCUAGAUUCCAACGAUAAUGAACAGUUAGCAACAUGUAAUUUAAUUGCAAUUGCUUUUCAAGUAGCCAGAGGAAUGGAAUAUUUACAACAGAAAAAAUUGAUUCAUCGUGACUUAGCUGCUCGAAAUGUUCUUGUGGCCGAUAAAGGAGUCGUUAAAAUAUGUGACUUUGGUUUGGCGAAAGACAUUCAAAAGGAUUACAAUUACAUCAAGAAGGUCGACACUCCAUUGCCCAUAAAAUGGAUGGCCAUUGAGUCCAUUGGUGAUCGACUCUACACAACUCAAUCUGAUGUCUGGUCAUUUGGGGUUCUACUUUGGGAAAUAUUCACUUUGGGCAAAUCACCUUAUCCAGGUUUACCUGCGGAUCAACACUUCUAUCUCAAGUUGGUUAAAGGAUAUCGAAUGGAGAGACCAGACAAAUGUCCACAAAUCAUUUAUAAGAUAAUGACAGAUUGUUGGCUAUCCAUUCCAAUUGAACGACCCAAUUUUAAACAGUUGGUCAAAAGAUUGGGUGAACUGAUCGACGAAUCCAUCCGUGAUUAUUAUAUUGAACUGGACAUUACUUAUAAGAAUAAUGAAGCUCUUAAACUUGGCAAAGAUAAUACUCAUGAACAUAGUUAUCUAACGAUGGGCUCAUCGUCCAGCUUAAAAUUAAAAAAUGAAUAUGAAUACAACAGUUACAUGACUAUGGGCGAAUCUUCAGGUAAUAAAAAGACUGUAGAUAUGAAGUCUUCGCCUGAUAAUCCAUUCCCACAUUACGAUGCUAUCAAAAUUAGAAAAGAAAAUAUAAAUCCAAUGGAAGUCGUAUCGAUGAUUCAUUUUGAUAACUGAAUAGACACCGAAAAAUCAUCUUAUUUUCACUACUAACCUGUGUGGAUAAAUUAUAAGAAUUAGGUUUUUUCCUUAUAUCUUGUAAGAUAGUGUUUGAAUUUUUCUGAAAAUUCAACAUUUUAUGGUUGGAUCUUAGUGUAUCUUUUAUAUCUGAGAAAUGCAGAAUGUAAAAAAACUAAGGUCACUUCACAAUCAUCGCUCAACUCUGAGAAAUUUUUUUUCAAGAAUUGCGUUUCGAAUAAAAUUUUAGCUUCAAAAA